AUGGUUUACACCACCUCUGUCAGGAGGGUCACUGGGGACAAAACUGUGAGGCCAGAGGGGACAAUACCUCAUAAGGGUGUGAACCGUGACGGUCAGACUGAUUCGGAACGUCGAAAGGAUGAAUGUUCGAGUCUCGGAGUCGCACGGAUAUUUAUGCAAAAUGUGGUGAAACGGACAGGGCUUGCAUUGUCUGAUAGAAUGAUUGAGAGAAAUGUGGUUUCUUGGACAGUGCUCAUAUGUGACAAAAUGGUAACGCCAGAGAAACAUCGUCACUUUUCUGUCAAAUGUAAGUUUGUAUUAUUUGGUUUUGAAAGUGUCCGUCUGGUGGGAAAUUCAGUAGUUGAUAUGUAUUCAAAAUGUGGAAGUAUCAACGAAGCAGUAACGAUGCUUGGUUCCAUAGAAUGCAAGAAAAUGGAGAGAUCCCAGAUGAGUAAGGCAAUUAUUGCAGGUUCUCUUAUUGAUUUGUAUGUGAAAUGUGGGAACUUGAUUAAGGCUCGAGGGCUGUUUAAUCUGAUUGGAAAGAAGAAUGUGGCAUCUUGGAGAGCAUUGAUUCUGGGAUAUGCUCAAGAAGAGAAAUUGGCAAAGGCUAUCGAGUUGUUCAGGCAGCUUAAAAAUAGCAGCAUGCAAGUGGAUGGGUCUGUUUUGUCAAUUAUGAUAGGCGUGUUUGCUGAUUUUGCACUUGUGGAGCAAGGCAAGCAAAUGCAUAUGUCACGGGCUUCGACCUUAGACUCAGAAACCGAGGCUCCUGCUGAUCCUGAAGCUUUCAGAAGCUUCACUUGCGUAUCUAGCACCUUGGGCCCUUCUGGAUGUGGUACGGACAGCUUGCAUGCCAGGCCUUAG